GGACCUGCACUGCGCUCCAGGUUCGCGCUCCCACAUCAUGUGAUGUUGUUGGAACAGCCGCCACACAGAGACACAGAGGAAUACAAGAUAUUUCAAUGAAAUGUUGACAAUCCUUCAAGCAGAUCGUCGUUGUCACUCCGAUCCUAAUCCACCAAUUGGACCAAACUGAGACACUUUCUGUCGCUGGGUUUCCUCGGAGGUUUGUUGUCCUCCGCCUGACUAACUAUGUGAGCUUCUGUGAGCUCGGUAGUUGACGAGCGGAGCCUCCAGCCGACCGUCGUCUCCGACAGCUCCGUGUGGGUUUGACGUCGGCACACAUUGUUGCUUGAUGUUUUCCAAAAGGCUCGAUUGUCGGUGAUUUUGAAGAUGGAGGAACCUUGUGACCUGAAGCACUUCGUAAAGUGUGGCGUCACUUUGGAGGGCUCAUUUCUCUGAUUUGGAUUAUUCUUGGCCAGCAGCCUCUUCAGGCCUACUAAUCCUAGACGAGUUUCUCAAUGGACACUCCGCUCAAAUCAGAGAUCAGAGAGGAGGGGAGUGGUGCCUCGGUGACGGUGGAGGGCCUAUCCAAGGCAGCUCUAAUCAAAAGCCUGUCUCCCAGAGUCAUGCUAUCCAACCAUCUCUUGCCUAAAGGGACGAAGAUGAAGGUCAACUUAGAAGAUCAGGGUCGUCAGAAAGUGUCCUUCAGCUUCGCACCAACCAAGAAGCCACUGCAGAGCCCAUUCUUCAUCCCUAGCAGUCCUGACAAGUCUGCUGCUGAGCCUAACGCUGCCUCAUUACAGUCAACCUCAGACAACGAAGAGCAGGAUACGGACAGCCCAACUGAGCAAAACCAGACACCCAUGGUGCCGACAAUAACCGAGACACCUUCUCAAACACCAGUCUGCUCAGCCACCAUACUGAAAACGGAUUUACUGAAAACGGAUUUAGCUAAAAUGCAUUUCAAGAAGCAAAUUCUAAGUGUCUCUGUGACUGAGGAGAAACCAACAUCUGUUGUGCCGGAAGAACCUCUCUCUCCUCAAUUGCAGGUUCUACAGAAACCAACAUCUGUUGUGCCAGAAGAACCUCUCUCUCCUCAAUUGCAGGUUCUACAGAAACCAACAUCUGUUGUGCCAGAAGAACCUCUCUCGCCUCAAUUGCAGGUUCUACAGAAACCAACAGCUGUUAUGCCGGAAGAACCUCUCUCUCCUCAAUUGCAGGUUCUACAGAAACCAACAAGUGUAACUGAAUUUCCUGUACCCCAGCCUCAGAAUGUCGUCAGUGUCUGCCCAUCUGAGAAUUCUCACAUUGAAGCCCCUGAGACGAGGGUAACCCCUAGCCUCAAGAAGCCACCUGCUUCCUCAGGAAAAGAUGGAGAGAGUUCCAGCAGUGCUGAGCAGGACAGUAAGGUAGACAAAAGGAAAACCAGGUCCCAAUCUGAUAGUGCUCCCCCUGGCUCAGAAUCUGAUGGAGAUUCAGGCCAAAUGUCUUCUAGUCGCAAAUCCAUUGAGUCUAAAAGUAGAAGAAACUCUGACAGCAAAAGCAAAGAGGUAAAAAAGUCUUCCUCUGGUUCACAUGUGGAGGAAAAGGAAAAAAGUUCCUUUAAGCGGUCAGAGAACCAUGAAAGGUCUUCUAGUUACUCCAAAACAGACCGUGAUUCCAGACACACAUCCUCACGUUCAUCUCGAUCAGACAAAGAUCGCAGACGGUCCCGGUCUAGAUCACGUUCUAGAUCAAGAGGGUCGCGAACAAGUUCAUCUCACUCCAGAUCAGAGAGAUCCCGAGGCGACAGAGGAUCUCGCUCCGAAAGGUCAUACUAUCAUGAUUCUGAUCGAAGAUCUCACCGUAGUUCUCCACGUAGAGAGAGAAGACGUUCUCGCUCUCGCACUGACAGAACUCGUGACAGUUCUGACUCUGAGGAUGACCACAGGAAGACACGGACAAGGACAAGUGACUCCAGUAGAUUGUCAACAUAUUCAAGCUCAUAUAAAGAGUCUAAAUCAUCUUCCUACUCAAAAUCGGAGAAAGCCGCUAAAUCUGCAAAUUCUCCUCACUCUUCAGAGUUGGAUAAAAGAACACAAUUGUCAAAGUCUGAAAGGACUUCAAAGCGACUAUCAGACUCUGAUUCCCAGCGCAAGUGCUCACCUGAUCUGGACUCCAGUUACCGUAAAUCUAGCGCCCAUCACAAGUCAGAGACCAACAGCAAAUCCUCUUCUUCCAGUAUGCAUACCCACUCUCAAACAUAUGAAAGACGUCAAAAAAGCAGCUCUAGUGACACUGAGGCAGAUCAUAAGGGAAAAUCACAGGCCUCUUGCAAAAGCUCUGGCUUGGAGGAGAACUGUAAAAACUCACUAAAGAAAACCAGCAGGCCAGACUCGAAGCAGAUGACCCCUUCUAGAUCUUCUCAGAAAACCAGCAGACAUGAAAGACAAUCAAAUGACAUAUUUCACAGCCCUGGCGAAGCACCACCAUGUACAAAUGCCACAUGUUCCCAGAGUGAAAAAGAACAAUCACAAGUUGAAAUUGAACAUUGUGGUCAGGAUUUUAUGGAGUUUGCCUCAUGCACUGAGAGGAGUUUGCAAGAGUCGUCAUCCAAGACAUCAAAAGAAACUAAAUCGGAUCUUGAUGUUGAGACCUCAACUGUAACCAUAAGUGAAAGCCUAAAGCAUGAAAAUGCAGCCCUUGAAAAUUUGACCAAUGUGAAGGAUGAACCCUCUUCUAAUAUUCAACCACAUGUGAACUCAAAUGCAGCUGACUUAAAUGCAUGCAGUAGUAAUGAUAGUAUAAUAUGCAGCCAGGACAAGAAAGUUGUUGAAUGUUCACUCGGGCCAUCCUCACUUGACACAGCUGGUUUACCUGUCUCCCACGUUGUCCAGCAGAACUCUAAACCAGAGAUUGUUCAAGCUUUGACAGUCGAGAUGCCGUCUGGCACAAUUACGCCGUUCAUAUUUGAUUCACCGUGUCUUGAAUCUGAUGGUCAGUUGACACUUGAACAGCAAAAUAUGGAUACUGUUAAAAAGAGCAGCAGUAGUACCAAAAAGUCCCGAUGGGAUAUUGUCGGGCAGGACACCUCAGAGAGAGAUAAUUCACAGAGGACACUUUGUGCCGAAAGUAAGCCUAGUGUAAAAAAAGUAAUCUCUGUCAAAGAAAUUGAGUUUUCUAGAGACAAUACCCAACAAGACUCUGACAUGAAAGAUACUGUUCAGCAACAUUCCAUGCUGGUGAAGCAGACUGAGAUGUCUAAGCAGGAAGUUGUCUCAGACAUGACCGAUGAAUACAAAGACCAAAAUGAGCCCUCACAAGCGAGCACCAGCAUUGACCACUGUGACUUAAAACUGAGUGUUUCUCAAAAAGCAAACACAGACAAGCCUCUGCACCUCAAUGAUGCAUCACAGGUUGACCAAGAUGCAAAGAUGCAGAGUUGGAAUGGCAAUGAUCGUGAAGACAAAUCCAAGGGCAGCUCGAAAAACAAAUUGAGUAAGAAAGCAUUACUUCAUCAGCAUGCAUUAGGAGAACAGAGCGAGAUCAGUGAUAGUGACAACUCGGAGUAUGACUCGGAUUGCGGCGAGGCUAUAAAACGAUUGCAUUCUGUCGUGGUGGUGCCAAAGAAUUCUUCCCUAACAAUGAAUUCACAUGACACUGGAGCUUCCUCGUGCAGUCUGAGUAUUUCCGAUCUGCAGAAUGUGAAUAUCAAUGAAAUCCCAAAUCCAGGCACACAACAAAUACAGGGGAGUCCUUCCGCGUUCAUGGAGACCGUUGCUCCAUGUGUUGGUGUGAACGAAUUAUUUCAUAGCAGCAGGUUGUGUCAAUCCCAGAGUAAUAUGAUUGAUAGCACCAGUCAAUCGGAGGGUUCCAGCUCCGUCAGUGCACAGCUGUACACGGCGGGUCUUAUUGGUGCCCAUGGCAGUGUCACAGAUCACACCCACAGCCUCGAUAACUCCAGACAGUCUGAGCCAGGGCACAAACAGCAUAAUAUAAGCAGCAGAGGUGACAGGGUGUAUUACCAACAUGAUGAUUUCGCCGCUGCGGACAAUGUCAAUGACAGGAACGGAUUCAGCCUGGGUUGGGAUUUUACGCAAUCAGAGCAGCCCAGUAGUACAUACCAGCAGCCUGAUAGCAGUCAUGGGCCACAGAUACCAAACACUAAACUGACUGAAUCCUCUCUCAAGGAACAGGAGCAAAGGCAGAGUAAUGCCACAUGGACCCACCAACCCCCAAACACACAGACUAGCAGACAACCCUACCUCCAUGUGCAUGAACAUUAUCAGGAUCUUGCAGGUGAAAUUCAUCCUGACUCUCUAACUAAUGACCACGAUGAUUACCGUGGAGAGAAACUAUCUGACCUCAGUAAAAUGGCUGUUGAAUGCAGGGGACUUCACACUCCUGGGUCAUCAAGCUUUGUACAAGGGCAUGAAAUAAGCAGCAAUAGCAGGGGCUCAGCUGUGCCUGACCCCCCUAGAGAAGACAAUUUCAGACCCCAUAGAGGCCGGGGCCCUCCCAAGAAAAGGCGGCCUGAGAUUGAGUCUGAUUCAGACAAUGAGGCGGAAGCUGGGCCGGCAGGCAAAAGGGAGCGUCAAAGAGAUGCUGACGUCCCAAAGGAAAGUCAUGUCAAAGAUGAGGUGCAGCGUCCGACACUCAAUCUGCGAGACUUUCGAGACAGCAAUAGAUGGAAAGAGUGUGCCAGAUCUAAGAAGAUGCCACCUUACUUUGACUUGAUUGAGGAAAACAUGUAUCUGACUGAGAGAAAAAAGAGCAAAUCUCAUCGAGAUAUCAAGAGAAUGCAAUGUGAAUGCCCGGUGCUGCCUAGAGAGGAGCGUUCAAGGGGAGUAUUGGCAUGCGGGGAAGACUGUUUAAACCGGCUGCUGAUGAUUGAGUGCUCCUCACGGUGCCUGAAUGGAGCCUACUGCUCCAACCGACGCUUCCAGAAGAAACUACAUGCAGACUUUGAGGUUAUCCUCACAGAAGACAAGGGCUGGGGUCUACGGGCAGCGAGAGAGUUGGCUUCAAACACCUUUGUGCUGGAAUACUGCGGGGAGGUAUUGGACCACAAGGAGUUCAAAACAAGGGUGAAAGAAUUUGCUCGCAACAAGAACAUCCACUACUACUUCAUGUCUCUAAAGAAUAAUGAGAUCAUUGAUGCAACGCUGAAGGGUAAUUGCUCUCGGUUUAUGAACCAUAGCUGCGAGCCCAACUGUGAGACCCAGAAGUGGACUGUCAAUGGCCAGCUUAGAGUCGGGUUCUUCACCUCCAAGGUGGUCACUGCAGGAACUGAACUGACGUUUGACUACCAGUUCCAGAGAUAUGGCAAAGAAGCACAGAAAUGCUUCUGUGGAGCACCCAGCUGCAGAGGCUUCCUGGGUGGGGAGAACAGAGUUAGUGUUCGGGCAGCUGGAGGGAAGAUGAAAAAAGACCGCAGUCGAAAGAAUGCUCUCACCACGGUUGAUGAAGAGCUUGAGGCGUUAUUGGAGAAUGGAGAAGGCCUUUACGAUGAGAAACAGGUGGUGGCUCUCUGCAGGCUAAUGGUCCGAGUGGAAACCAUGGAGCAGAAACUCAUCUGUUUUAAGCUCAUACAGGAUACUCAAAAUCCAUCAUGCCUGAAGCAGUUCCUGGACCAUCAUGGAUUAUCUUUGCUGUGGAUCUUCAUGGUUGAGCUUUCUGAAGCCAAAGGCAACAGUGCUAAUAACAACAAACUGCAGUUAGAGAUUAUGAAGACCUUGGCUGUGCUGCCUAUCUCUACUAAGAACAUGUUGGAAGAGAGCAGAGUCCUGAGCUUCAUCCAGCGGUGGGCCCAGACAAAAACUCUCCCUCACCCUGCUGAGAUGGAUGGCUACUCCAGUGAGAACACCUCCCGUGCUCAAACACCCCUCAACACUCCUGAUGGGUCCUCCACCAAACUGGGACCAGAAUUGGAUGGUGACACGCCAAAACCUGCUGUGUACCGCCGCCUUAAAAUCAUCAGUGAAAACAGUUUGGACAGUGCUCUCUCUGAUGCUAGCAAAGCAUCUGAUGGGAAGGAGGAAGAGGAGGAGGACGAUGAUGAUGAGGAAGAAGAUGCAUCCUCACAUUCAGGACUUCCUGAAGGCAAACAGUUGAAGGCAGAGCCUGUAUGUGAAGCUGCAGAGCCAACAAAAGAAACAAUGGAAGACUCGGUGAAAGAGGAAGGUCCAAUCAAAGGGGAGAAAGAGGAAGAGACGGGGUUGAGUUUAAACAGUCAACAACAUCAAACUGAGGAGGUAAAAGAAAAAAUUGAACUAGAUUUGGAGAAUGAGAUUGAGAUGAAAACGGAUCCGAGUGAGGGGCAUGUGGGUGAACUUGAGGGGCCAAAAGAGCCUUGUGAAGAACAGGAAAGUGGGGAGGAGAAGACCAGUCAGCCGGUGACAGAAAAGGCUAAACUGGAAGGAGACCAACCCACCGUUGAAGUUCUCGAGCCAGAGAGUCAGUCGAUCCAAACAGAUGAUGCUGAUCUUCCACCUGAGCGGCCUUUAGAGAAUAUGGAGUCCCAGGCAGAGACACAAGAAGCGGAGAAACCUCCAGGCAGUGAGGUGCAACCUGGUGAAUCUACCACUGAUGCAGCCCCAAGCUCUGAGACCCCAGAGGCCAGUGUGCCCUCUGAGGUUAUUGCGACCCCCGCGGACCCAUCAGUGAUAGGAACUCCUUCUCAGGAUGAGGAGGAAGGUGUCUCAGAUGUGGAGAGUGAGAGGAGUCAGGAGACCCAACUCGGUGCAUUGGACAUUAGCGGCAUGGCUGCCAGGCUUCUGGACAGCUGGAAGGAUCUGAAGGAGGUGUACAGAAUACCAAAGAAGAGUCAGGUGGAAAAAGAAGCAAAUGAUCGCAGCCGAGAUCGAGAUGCAGCUUUGACGCCACGUACAACUUCUGGUAGCCGAGAACGUGAAAGAGAGCGAGAGAAGGAGAGAGAACGUGACAGAGAGCGAGAUUAUGACCGAGACAGGGAUCGAGAGUGGGACAGGGACCGAGACCGGGAUCGGGAUCGCGACCGAGACCGAGACCGGGACCGCGAUCGAGAACGGGACCGUGAUCGAGACCGUGAUAGAGUCUCUGACAAAACUCCACAACGCAGCACAGAGAGACGGAGGAGACGCUCAGCUUCACCACCAUCAUCCUACGAGAGGAGCAGCCGACGCACUGAAGAACGGUUUGACGCAUCAAACAGCAGCAAGACACGGGGCAAGGAGCGCAACAAGCUGUCCACAGAGGAGCGCAGAAAGCUGUUCGAGCAGGAGGUUGCUCAGCGGGAAGCCCAGAAACAGCAGCAGCUUCAGCAGCAGCAGCAGCUUCAGCAGCAGCAACAGCUUCAGCAGCAGCAACAGCAGCAGCAGCUACAACAGCAGCAGCAGCAGCAGCAGCUUCAGCAGCAGCAGCAACAACAACAACAACAACAGCAGCAACAGCUUCAGCAGCAACAACAGCAGCAACAGCAGCUUCAGCUCCAAACUAUGGCUUAUGACCCUGCUUUGGUCUAUGCCUCCAGCCCUGGCUUCAUAACCUACCCUACUGGAUAUCCCAUCCAGACCUUUGUGGACCCUACAAACCCCAAUGCAGGGAAAGUACUGCUUCCUACCCCUCCGGUUGAUCCCACCCUGAACUAUGAAGAGACACCUCCUCAGCAUCUUAUCUCAGACCUGGGGCUGUCCUCUCCAUCCUCCACUUCCCAGGCCCCUCCCGUCGCUAAUCUUUCUCAGCACAUCUCCACCACCGACCUCGCCACUGGCAACCCCGAACAGUAUUCCCAGCCAACUGUAGCAACUCAGGAUGCAGGCGUAGCUGUACUCUCUGUUCCCGCCCAGGUGGCCCCUCAGUUACAGAGCCAGCAGAGCUACACCACUCUCUGGGAUCCCACAACUCAGCAGACGGUGACUGUGCAGACACAGCCUGCACAGCAGUAUGCCACAGCCCCAGCACAGGCUCAGACACAGACGGCCAUCUAUUACCAGGGUCAGCCAUGCCAAACCAUCUACAGCAUCCCCACCGCCUACCCACAAGCCAACGCUCCCGUCAUACAGGCGUACACUGAACCCACAGCGAGCUACCUUCAUGGCCAGCCUGUGUAUCCUGCCCAUCAGCAGGGAGUGGUGGUGCAGCAGGGUGGCACAGUCACCACCAUUGUCACGUCCCAAACUGUCCAACAGGAAAUGAUUGUACCCAACAAUGUGAUAGACCUGCCUCCCCCGUCUCCCCCCAAACCCAAAACCAUCGUCCUACCACCCAACUGGAAAGUGGCCCGCGAUCCUGAGGGCAAGAUCUACUACUACCAUAUUGCCUCAAGGCAAACACAGUGGGACCCUCCAAACUGGGAUGGAUGUAGUGACAACACUAGUGUUGACCAUGAAUCUGAGAUGGACCUGGGAACUCCCACCUAUGAUGAGAAUCCUUCCAAGUUUUCCACAAAGACAGCUGAAGCAGACACUUCUAGUGAGCUGGCUAAAAAGAGUAAAGAGACAUUUCGCAAAGAGAUGUCCCAGUUCAUAGUGACAUGUCUAAAUCCUUUUCGGAAGCCAGACUGCAAACUUGGACGCAUCAGCAACACCGAAGAUUUCAAACACCUGGCUAGAAAGCUCACUCACGGAGUUAUGAAUAAGGAGUUGAAAGCUUGCAAUAAUCCCGAGGACCUUGAGUGUAAUGAGAACGUGAAGCACAAGACCAAGGAGUACAUCAAGAAGUACAUGCAGCGAUUUGGCACCGUGUACAGGCCCAAGGAGGACACAGAGGUGGACUAGCCUCAGAAGCCACAGACUUUACACUUAUCCUGCUCUAGCACAGGAGAAGCACAGAUUUGCCUUUCCAUUCACUCCUUCAUGUAUGUACUGGCCAGCCUGAGCUGUGAAGUAGUUUCUUGCGCAUAUUUAUGACGAAGAAGAAUUGCACUGCUGCCCAAAAGGCUCUCCAGGCCCCGUGGAUCACGAAGGAGCCCUGAUCUCGAGACUGACUGAGACUUGAGUGUCGCUGAACGACCCAAAAACUCCAGGUGCAGUUUUCUGAUGACGCUGCGGGGUGCUACAGAGACUAAUCUUUUCACUGACUGUUUGAUUUCUUCUCUUUCUUUUUUUUAAGCAUUUAGUUUGUUUCAUUUGUGGCUCCUAAAUGUUCCCAAGAUGGUCACCUCAAUUCCACAUUUUAAACUCUUCUGGCCCUGAAUGAGGAUUGGAAUCAGCGUUGGUCUCAUAUUCAUCAGUCUCUUUGUUACUUUCCACUGUUAAAAUGGAUCAAUGACAGAACAGUCCAGUGCUUUUCCCCUCCCACUUCCUUUUCUUGUGCACGCUUCAACCUCCUGACACUGACUCUAUCUGGUGCUGCUUUUAACUGGGCUGUGGAGGUCCAAGCUUCCGCUCCUCAAACCCUGCCUUCUUAGCCACAAGACUUUGGAGCCUCCGUUGUUUUAUGAAUGCAUGAUGUAGGCUGAGGUUUGAGUGGUAUCCUUAUGGAAAAUCUUACAUUUUCAUGUCUCCUGCUUCGUGUAAUAUGAGAUGAGCUUUUACUCACAACACACUUAGGGAUCAGCCAAUAACCAGCAGGUUGGCAAGGUGAUCAAUAUGUCUUUUAUUAAUUUAUGUAUUAUAACGGGUGCAGGGUUUCAACGCCAUGUUUGAUGUGCUGUUUCCAGUCCAACCCCGAUCCCAUCUUGUUCUGCCUGGUUUCCUCUUCUUACAGGAAUGAUGCUGAACAUCCAGGUUGUAGCAUUGCAGUUUUAACCGUUUCUAAACAUCUUGUGUGUUCCGGUUCUUUUUUAUCACAGUUAGUCUUAGUUAGACAACACUUAGGCCAGCGUUGUCCACAAACUCACAUGUUAAUUUCCACGAUUUUUACGGUUGUCAACGUAAUUUCAUUAGCAUUAGGUCACCGAUUUGAUUAAAUUGCAUUAAACAAAGUUUCAACAUAUGUAUAUUGCUUUAUAUGUGAAUAUAUUGAAUAAUAGUUUUGGGAAUGUUUAAAUAAGCAGACACUUUGUAAAAUGACUCAUUUCAUGAUUGAAAGUGUAAAUAAUGUGUAAAAUGACAAGCUGUAUGCAGGAGAGUAGUGUCAGGGAGCACAGGGAGCCCACCCACUCAUCCUCACCAGCUCAGCCCUCCUGAUGCUCUCCCACAUCAGUCUGUCAAACGUAGGACCCCACGGACUCAGCCCUCUAUUUUAUUUCAGUGGUGGGGGAGAUUUUCAUGUGUUUGCUUGUUUUUGUUUUUGUUAUUAUUUUUCUAUGUACAAAGUAAGUUUCACCCUACUCAACUGUAAGUAUUGUGUAAGCACAUUGUCAUACCGAGUGUACAAACAUUUUAAAAAAUAAAACCUUUUGUAAAAUGA